GUAAGUCUUUUCCUGCUUAUACGUCUUGUAGAGUGUCAUAUUGUGCUGUUGAAGUGUUGGGGUUAUUCAUGCAUUGGAUAGUUUUAUUUUUUAAUUAUUAUUCCUAAAAUUGAAGUAUCAUUGAUUUGUUAAAAUGGAAAUCAGAAAAACUAUUGAAUUACUUCGGGCUACUAUUGACCCAAAUCAGCGUCAACAAGCUGAGGCACAAUUAGAUCAGAUUCACAAAAUUAUAGGCUUCGCCCCUACAUUACUGCAAAUUGUUAUGAUGGGAGAUUGUGAUAUGCCCAUUAGACAAGCUGGAGCAAUCUAUCUCAAGAAUUUAAUAAAUAAUAGCUGGCAAGAUAAAGAGGCUGAAGCUGGACAGCCUUUACCUUUUUGUAUUCAUGAACAAGAUCGAGCUUUAAUCAGAGACAGUAUAGUAGAUGCUGUUGUACUUGCUCCUGAUCUUGUUCGAACCCAGUUAUGUACUUGUGUUAACACUAUGGUCAAACAUGAUUUCCCUGGUAGAUGGACCCAAAUUGUUGAUAAAGUGAGUGUUUAUUUAUCAAACCCAGAACCAAAUGGAUGGCUAGGUGCUGUUUCAUGUAUGUAUCAGUUGGUGAAAAUUUUUGAAUACAAGAAGAUGGAGGAAAGAAGGCCACUUCAUGAGGCAAUGAAUUUGUUGUUACCUCAACUAUAUCAGCUUAUUGUUCGCUUGCUUCCUGAUAAUUCUGAACAAUCUGUUUUAUUGCAAAAAGAAUGUCUCAAGGUAUACUACUCCAUAGUUCAGUUUAUACUGCCUCUGGACAUUAUUACAAAAGAAACUUUUACCCAGUGGAUGGAAAUAUGUAGACAAGUGAUUGAAAGACCAGUGCCACCUCAGGCUUUUGAACCUGAAGAAGAUGAUAGGCCAGAUCUACCUUGGUGGAAAUGCAAAAAAUGGGCUCUCCAUAUAAUUUAUCGAAUGUUUGAAAGAUUUGGAUCUCCAGGUCAUGUCAGCAAGGAAUAUAACACAUUUGCCGAUUGGUAUCUAUCUACCUUCAGUAAUGGUAUUCUGGAGGUCCUUCUCAAACAGCUGGAUACCUACCGCGGUGGUAGUUGGUUACCACCUAGGUGUUUACAGCAGAUACUCAACUACUUGAACCAAGCAGUUACCCUUGCUCUCACAUGGAAAAUUUUAAAACCACAUAUGGCUGCUGUUAUUCAAGAUGUUUUAUUCCCACUUCUCUGCUAUACUGCAGAAGACCAUGAACGUUGGACACUUGAUCCUCAUGAGUAUAUUAGAAUUAAAUUCGACGUUUUUGAAGACUUUGUAUCUCCUGUAAAUGCAGCUCAAACCCUGCUGCACUCUUGUUGUAAAAAACGCAAGGAAGUGCUACCAAAAACUAUGAUUUUCCUCACCCAAGUCCUAACCAAUAAUCAGACUGAAGCGCCACAGAAAGAUGGAGCUUUGCACAUGAUAGGUUCUUUGGCAGAUAUUCUAUUGAAGAAAAAAAUGUACAAAGAUCAACUGGAUCAGUUCUUUGUAAAAUUUGUGUUUCCGGAAUUCAAUUCUGACAGAGGGCAUUUGAGAGCACGUGCUUGUUGGACUCUUCACAACUUUGCGGAGCAUGAGUUUAAGCAAGAUGACAUACUAGUUGAAGGAGUUAAUUUAGUCAUAAAAUCUUUGCUGUAUGACAAGGACCUCCCAGUUAAAGUGGAAGCAGCUGUUGCUCUGCAAUCUCUCUUAAGCUACCAAGAAAAGGCAUAUAAACAUGCUGAACCUAGGAUCAAAGAAAUUUCUCUUGAAUUACUUUCGAUAAUACAUGAAACAGAAAAUGAAGAUGUAACUGGUGUGAUGCAAAAGAUGGUCUGCAUUUACACACAACAUCUGAUUCCCAUUGCAUCAGAAAUAUGUAGUCAAUUAGCACGAACAUUUACACAGGUUGUUGAAAAUGAUGAUGUUCAAGACGAGAGAGCAAUAGCAGCAAUGGGAAUAUUAAAUACAAUAGAAACUCUGUUAACAGUUUUAGAAGAGAGUCCAGAAGUAGUGAAAGCUUUGGAACCAACAGUUUUGCAGAUUGUAGUGAAUGUCUUACAAAAUGAGAUGCAUGAAUAUUAUGAAGAAAUCCUGGCACUUGUCUAUGAUUUAACAAGCAAACAGAUAUCGACAGAUAUGUGGAAAGUUUUCGAAUUAAUUUAUCAGGUUUUCAUUAAAGAUGGAAUGGACAGUUUUAUCGAUAUGAUGCCCGUUUUACACAAUUACAUCACAGUAGACAAAGAAGCAUUCUUGUCUGAUAGUCAACGUUUAUUAGCGGUUUACAAUAUAUGUAAGGAAGUUCUUAAUGGAAAUCUUGGGGAGGACCCUGAGUCUCAUGCUGCUAAAAUAUUAGAAAUUUUACUUCUACAAUAUUUAAGACAAAUUGAUCAAGCGGUGCCGAUGUUGGUUGAACUUGCUGCAAGCAGAUUAUUGAGACCGGUUAAAACAAGUGAACUAAGAACUAUGUGCUUACAAGUAUUGAUCGCUGCACUCUAUUAUAAUCCUCAACUACUCUUCACAGUACUUGAAGGCAUUCCAGAUUUCACAAAACAUUUUAUUAAACAAUGGUUGAGUGAUGCCGAUUGCUUCUUAGGCAUUCACGACAGAAAAAUGUGUGUCAUUGGUAUUUGCACUAUGAUUAGUCUUCCCAAUAAACCACCAACUCUUAUAGAAGAGGCUCAAAAAAUUGUGCCAUCUUUGAUUAUGAUUUUUGAGGGACUCAAGAGAGCAUACACUGCUAAAGCUCUGGAAAAUGGAGAUGAAGAUGACAGUGAGAGCUCUGAUGAUGACUUCGAAGAAGUCCUUAGUUCUGACGAAGAUGAUAUUGAUGAUGAAGGUCAAGAUUACCUGGAAUCUUUGUCAAAGAAAGCUGUGAAUGCUGGAGCUAAUGCAGGCUUGCCUGUAAAUGCAACAAUAAAUGAUAUAGAUGACGACUCAGAUGCUGAUGACUCUGACUAUAAAAUAUCAGACGAAACUGUAUUAGAAUCAUACACUACUCCGUUAGAUGAAGAAAACUGCGAAUUAGAUGAAUUCAUCUUAUUCAAGGAUGUUAUGUCCAGAUUAGAAACAUCUGAACAGGAAUGGUAUAAUAAACUAUUGUCUUGUUUGAAUGAUCAACAAAAGAAAGCUCUUAUGGACAUUUGUGUCUUGGCAGAUCAAAGACGUGCCCUGAGAGAAAGUAGGAAGAUUGAACAGCAAGGAGGUUAUGUUUUCACCCAGCAAGCAGUUCCGUCAACUUUUAAAUUUGGAGAUUCUAGUUUGGGAUAAGAAAAAAAAUAUUUAUUCUGACUGAUGUAAAAUUAAUUGUAACAAAUGAACUAUGCAGUUUUAA